AUGGCCAAAGGCAAAGGGAAGCGCUCCACUGGCGUUGAUGAGAAUUCCAUGAAGGCGGGCGCUGCAAAAUCGACCAAUGACUCGACCGCCGAACCGCUGAUGCCCAACAUUGACGAAGGCGCGUUCGCUGGACUACGACAGAAGAUCGAACAAAGGUUGAAGGAUCAGAGCUCUGGCAAGGGAAAAUCAAAGAGCAACGUUAAGCAGAAUGCUGCGCCCUCAAACAACUCUGCGCUGAAGAAUCAGAAAUCCCAAAGCAAGACAGGGAAGAAAGAUGAAGGUUCAGGACAAGGAAAGAAGCGGGAUCGCAACGGAGAGGUGAUCGCUAGAGGUGCGAACAACGGAGAGAAACGCAAGGUUGACCAACCUGCAGCCGGCUCAAAAAAGAGCGAUGGCCAGGAUGCGCUCCGUCAGGAGAUCAUGGCUCUGGGAGGUACCGAAGAGGACCUUGAGCUACUUGCCGACAUUGAUUCCGAAUCAGAAGUUGAAGGCGCGCCUUCCAAGUCCAAAUCGAAGGGUGGUGACGAGGACCUUCGCAAAGAGCUUUCCAAAAUGCUGGAAGCGGCCGGUCACGUUGUUCCCGAUGACAUUGCCGAAGACGAGGUUGAGGCUGAAGCAGAACUCGAUGAUGAAAAUGAAGAUGAGGAAGGCCAGAGUCUCGAAGAUGAAGGCUCUGAAGCUGACAGCGAGGAGACAAGUGAGGUCGAUGAUGAUGACGCCUCCGAGGUGUCAGAUGUUCCGGAUGUGCCGGCGGUUGCAAAGGCCAGGGAGCCUGAAAUCGUUGUCCCUAAGGAAUAUGCGAAGCUUGCCUUUCUUCCUCGAUCUGACUGGUACGCUGCUCCCCUGCCAGCUCUCGCUACUGCAAAGCAGGUGAGCGCCUUGCCUCGUCACCUCAUUGAUCGCAUUCACGAACUCGCCAAUUCCCUCCUCCAAGCCGAGAACGACGAGUACGCGAAGGCUCAGCAAGCAUCGGCAUCCUCAUCGCACAAGUUCUACACAACUAUCAUGAGCUCCGGUACAUUGAGUGAUAAGAUCUCUGCUCUCACUCUGGCAGUCCAAGAGUCACCGCUUCACAACACCAAAUCCUUGGAGACCCUCAUUGGGCUGGGAGGCAAGCGAAGCCGUGCUCAAGCAGUUGAGGUCCUUCGAUCGUUGAAGGAUAUGUUUGCUCAAGGAACAAUCUUGCCCGCUGACCGCCGCUUGAAAUCCUUCGCCAAUCAGCCCGGUCUCGUUGCCGCGUUCCAAGGCGCUGGCGGAAGAUGGACAGAACGAGAUCCGCUCCCUGGUGGUCUGCAAAAAAGCCAUCUUAUUGUCUGGGCUUUUGAAGAUUUCCUGAAAGAGCAGUACUUCCAGAUUCUUAAAAUCCUGGAGGUAUGGUGCAAUGAUGAGAUCGAAUUUUCCCGAUCGCGCGCUGUCAGUUAUGUCUACGAGCUGCUCAAGGAGAGACCUGAACAGGAGGCAAAUUUACUGCGUCUACUCGUGAACAAACUCGGUGACCCGGGCAAGAAGAUCGCUUCUCGGGCCUCCUACCUUCUUUUGCAGCUUGAACAGACACACCCCCUGAUGAAACCUUUGAUCAUCAAGGCUGUCGAAGAACUGCUUUUCCGACCGGGUCAGAGUCAAAACGCCAAGUACUAUGCCAUCAUCACACUCAAUCAGACAGUCCUUAGUUUGAAGGAGCAGCAGGUCGCCAUGCAGCUUUUGGAUAUCUACUUCGGCAUGUUCGUUAUUCUUUUGAAGCCCAAGGAAUCUGGCAAACCGACUCCCGAGACAAAGCCUCACGGUAAGAAGGGGCCGAAGGGUAAGGGACCAAAGGGAGCAAAGGGACCUGCCAAGGGCGAAGCCCAAGAUGAUGAGAUGCGCGAGAAGUUGAUCUCGGGUGUCUUGACUGGUGUCAACCGCGCGUAUCCUUUCACCGACGCCGACUCUGACCGGCUUUCGAAGCACAUUGACACGCUCUUCCGUAUUACACACUCCUCGAAUUUCAAUACCAGUAUCCAGGCUCUGCUUCUCAUUCAACAAAUUACUGGCACAACCCAGGUCGCAAGCGACCGCUUCUACAGGACCUUGUACGAGUCUCUUUUGGAUCCCCGUGUUGCUACUUCAUCGAAGCAGUCGCUCUACCUCAAUCUUCUCUACAAGGCUCUCAAGAACGAUCUCAAUGUGCGUCGGGUCAAAGCAUUCGUCAAGCGUUUGGUCCAGGUGCUAGGAAUGCACCAGCCGUCCUUCAUUUGCGGUGUGUUCUACUUGAUUCGCGAACUGGAGAAGACCUUUACGGGUCUCCAGUCAUUAUUCGACCAGCCGGAGGACAAUGAGAGCGAUGGUGAAGAGGCUUUCCAUGACGUGCCUGAUGAAGACGAUGAGCCUGCACCUGCACCCAUCAUCAGCAAGCCGAAGCAGAAUAAUGGAUACGAUCCCCGCAAGCGUGAUCCUGAACACAGCAACGCAGAUAAGACUUGUCUUUGGGAAUUGCUGCCCUAUCUCUCUCACUUCCAUCCAUCGGUCUCCGUCAAUGCAUCCCACCUCCUUGAUCACGAGGCGAUGAGCGGCAAGCCUGACAUGACCAUCCACACACUCACCCACUUCCUCGACCGCUUCGUCUACCGCACUCCUAAGGCCAGCGCCUCCUCCCGUGGUGCCUCAAUCAUGCAGCCCCUCGCCGGCGGGGAAGCGAAGGAUCGGUUGGUUGAGGCGGGUAAGUCUGCGCUUCAAGGACAGCCCCUCAACUCAGAGAACUUCUGGAAGAAGAAGGCCGAUGAAGUCGCGGCUGAAGAUGUCUUCUUCCACGAGUACUUCAAUCGUGUCAACAAGGAUAAGACCAAGACCAAGAAGUCCAAGGCUUCCGAGGCCGCUGGGGAGCGUGAUGAAGAUGACGAAGAUGCCAGUGACAACGAAUCGGAGAUUUGGAAGGCUUUGGUGGACUCUCGGCCCGAAUUGGAGGCUGAUGAGGACGAGGAUGAUGACCUGGACAUGGAUGACCUGGAUUCCGAAUUCGGUGAUGAGGAGGAGAGUGAGGGCGAAGAAGCCGCCGGCAGUGAUGAUGAGGUCAUCUUCAACGACGAGUCAGAUGUCCCAUCUGAUGAAGACAUGGCUGAGGCCAGCGACUUCGGCAUGGAAGAAGAGGCCGUUCCAGCGACAACAUCGAAGAAGGCCGCCAAGAAGGUCGCCAAGAAGACGAAGAAGGAUGAGGACGAGGACGAGGACGACUUUGACAUGGACGUCUCGGACGAUGAGGCCUUCUACAACAGUGACGACGAUUUGCCUUCUGAUGUGGAAUUGGGUGGUGUGGCCCUUGAGCCGCAGGCGGAGGCCGCGGACAACAAGAAGAAGCGCCGCAAGCUCAAGCACCUGCCCACCUUUGCCUCGAUGGAGGACUAUGCGGCACUUUUGGCCGACGAGGACGAUGGGAUGUGA